AUGGCGAUCCUGUUACUGUCAUUUGGCCCGUUGGCCGUCAAUUGCCUUGGUGGUAACACGUCUUCCACGACUGUUUGCUGGUUACCGGUGACACUUUCUCGUUGAAUAGGGCUGGAGUUACUUUGGGACUGGAAUAGUGUUCUUUCCGGUCCGUUAACUCAAUAAUUCUACUACAGUCUGUCGUAACCUCAAAUCGUAAACACAUCAAACUUUCGUUGACAGAUAGCGAAAAUUACUAGCCUCGCGCUAUCUUUGUUUAACACAUAGGUUAGGUUCCUCUCUGUCGAAUUCCGACCACAGGCAGUUUGCCGUACUUUCUAAAAGUAAUAGUAGAUCUAGUGACUUUAUGGUUGCGUGCUUGCGUCGACAGAUUUUGACAGUUGACAAGUAAGAUGGUGGAGGAAACAAUAAACAAUACAAAUAAGCCAAAAGUUAAGGCUGCAAACAAUAAACCCAAAUCUGUGUAUUCUUGGACGGUCGUGGAUGUACAGAAAUGGCUUCGGAGGCACUGCUCAGACUACUAUAGUUUGUAUGUCGACAAGUUUAUCCAGAACGAUAUCACAGGCCGUACUUUAAUAAGAAUAAACGACAAUUCUUUAUUAAGGUUAGGAAUUACAAACGUUGACCACCGGGAAGCAAUCUGGCGCGAAAUUUUGAAGUUGAGGUUGAAAACAGACAUAAUGGAAAUAAGGGAUUUACAAAGGCGCAACACCAAUAAUCUGUUUUAUGAAUACUCAAUAGCAUAAUUUAAUUCUAUACAAAAUCAAAUAAAUUACUAACAUCUAA